AUGAUGCUCAGGUGGAAACUGCCCAAAGUCCUCUGCACUGGGCUGACUCUGGUCAUUGCCGUCAAUCUCCUCCUGGCGUUUUCUACCAAGAGGCCUUUUCAAGGCUUGAUUCUGGGUAGUCACCAAAGGGAGCUCCGUUCAUCUCUCUCAGAGUGGGAUGAAGCCAUGGCCAAGAGACUCUCUCACCUGGAGGAGGAUGUGCAACAUCUGAAAGAAAGUAUGUUAUUGGCUAUGAAGCAACACAAAAAUGUGGAGACUACAAAAAAGAAGGAGAAAGUUGAAGUUCACCCUGUUCAAAAUGCAGUGAAUGCCAAGGUGACAGAGUCAAAGCAGCCCGCACCACCAAGGAAACUCUUCCCACAUUCCAGGCUCUUUCAACAGUGGGGCGAGGGUCUUUCUGAGGCCCAGCAGAAAGAUGCCCAGGACCUGUUCCAGAGGUUUGGCUACAACGUUUACCUCAGCAACCAGUUACCUCACAAUCGCAGCAUCCCAGACACACGAGAUGCCAGGUGUCUUCAGAAGACAUACCCUUCCCCACUCCCAUCCCUCAGUGUCAUUCUCAUAUUUGUGGAUGAAGCUCUGUCCAUCAUACAGCGGGCUAUCAUCAGUGUUAUCAGCCGGACCCCUCCUCAGUUGUUGAAGGAAAUCAUCUUGGUGGAUGAUUUUAGCUCAAAUGGGGAACUAAAAGAGCACUUGGAUGAGAAGAUUAAGCUUUACAACCAGAAAUACCCAGGGCUACUGAAAAUAGUACGGCACACCGAGAGAAAAGGUCUUGCUCAGGCACGCAACACUGGCUGGGAAGCUGCCACAGCUGAUGUGGUCGCCAUCUUGGAUGCUCAUAUUGAAGUGAACGUUGGGUGGGCAGAGCCCAUCUUGGCUCGGAUUCAGGAAGACCGCACUGUGAUUGUGUCUCCUGUGUUUGACAACAUUCGUUUUGACACCUUCAGAGUGCAUAAGUAUGCACUGGCAGUGGAUGGGUUUAACUGGGAACUAUGGUGCCGCUAUGAUGCACUGCCACAAUCCUGGAUUGAUCUGCAUGAUGUCACUGCACCAGUGAAGAGUCCCUCUCUCAUGGGCAUCCUGGCUGCCGACAGGCUCUUCUUGGGAGAGAUCGGGGCUCUGGACGGCGGGAUGCUGGUCUAUGGAGGAGAGAAUGUGGAACUUAGCCUGAGGGUGUGGCAGUGUGGAGGGAAGAUUGAGAUCUUACCCUGUUCCCGUAUUGCUCACCUAGAGAGACACCACAAACCCUAUGCCUUGGAUCUAAGUGGUGCCUUGAGACGCAAUGCUCUUCGAGUGGCCGAAAUCUGGAUGGAUGAGUAUAAACACAUGGUCUACUUGGCCUGGAACAUACCUCUCCAGAACUCUGGAAUUGACUAUGGAGACAUUUCUUCCAGAAUGGCACUCCGGGAGAAACUGAAAUGUAAAACUUUUGGCUGGUACCUGAAAAAUGUUUAUCCACUCCUGAAACCCAUCCUCAACAUUGUGGGCUAUGGAAGGAUGAAAAACUCAUUGGAUAAAAAUAUUUGCCUGGAUCGUGGACCUGUUCCAGGCAAUACCCCCAUCAUGUAUCCGUGCCAUGAAUUCAGUCCACAGAACGUCUACUACCUCCAAACUGGGGAAUUCUAUGUGGGACCACUGGUCUCAGAGGCAGGCAAUGGUGAUCGAUGCUUGACAGACCCUGGAAAUGGGGAGAAGCCCACAUUGGAGCCAUGUUCAACGGCAGCCAAAAGCAGAUUGUUCAUUUACUGGGAAUUUAAACAGGGUGGAGCUUUCGUUAACAAGGACACCAAGCGGUGCCUGGAGAUCAGGAGGGAUCCCUCCAGUGCCUACGUGCCUGUGCUGCAGACCUGUACCCCACAAGCAUGGGAAAUACAGUACACCGUGAAGGACUGGGGACAAUGA